ACUCAUUAAUUGUUUGAUGUUCAAUGACAAACAUUUAUCAUUAUAAAAAUCAGUUAUCGUCCAUAAGAUCUUAUGUAGACACAGGUUAAUCUAAAAUUCUAGGAAAAGCGUUCAAUCAGAUCAAAAUUAUUCAGUAAAAACAAUAUAUUUUAUCAACUUACAUAAGUUUAUUAAAUCUACAGAAUAACAAAACGUUGCAAGGAAAGUUGCUAUUCUAAAAGAAACAUUACAUACACUCUCUACAAAAAACCUUAAAGUUACAGCUGAAAAAAUAAAUCAAUUAAAAAUUUCACCCGAUAUCGCAUGUGCCCAUAAAAGUAAAAUUCAAUUAUUAAAUCUACGAAACGAAGUUACAUAAAGAGUAGGAAUCACACAGAUAUGAGUUAAGUAAAAAACAUGAUAAAAAUGGAAUUGAAACCUUUAUUUUUAUUGUUUCAUGUACCUUUUGUUACUAUGCUGGGUCAUGAGAAACCGGUGGCUGAAAAGGUGUGGAGUGAGCGAUGCACAAGGAACACCAUCGCUCUUAACGAUUGUAACUGGUGCCACUGUGACGCCAAGAGUCAGUACUCCUGCCAUGCUCGGGUCUGCAACGAGGUGGACAUGUUUGGACACUUUAAUGACGCAAUAAGAGAAAUGGAUGUAGGCAUGGAAGGUAGGGGCGUGUGGCGUUCUGACGAUAGUGCGUGCGAGGCCGGAGUGCACUACCGCAAGGGAGAGCUGCUCUGCGUGUGCACCGAGGAUGGCACGUGGCCCAACCCCGUCUGCCGCGACAUCUUCCAAGUCCUCCACGCGGUAGAAGUCACAGACCACGAGCAGCCAACAAUGAACCAAAGCUGUCAGGCCACCAAACUAUACCUCGUCGGCUGUAACGUCUGCUACUGCCCUUCCACAGAACGACUCGACUCCAAUCUUUGCACAAAACGAAAGUGCAGCGUCUCCGAAAACGUCGAACGCUCACACACAGGCAGUGAACUAGUCGAAGAGAUCUACGCCACCUGCACCCCCACCAAACGGUACAGACUCGGCUGCCAAACUUGCGUCUGCCUCAGAAACAACAGACUACUCUGCGACAAUUGUACCGCGACCGAAAAUAUAAACAUGAUCGUCAUGCAGAACACGGCUUGCAGCAACAAAAACCCUAGCGUUACGUUCAAGAAAGAUUGCAACUUUUGUCAUUGUGAUAAGAAGGAAACUAUAUACUGCACUGCAAAGAAAUGCUUACAUAAUCACACUGAGAUAAGACUACCGAAAAUGAAAUAUGAGGAAGUGAAUCCAUCAUCUGAUGACUAUAACUGCGUACCAGGCUCCAAGUAUGACAAAGAAUGCAAUACGUGUCACUGCUUCAUGAUAGACGGUGUCAAAUACUUCGGCUGUACCCUGAAGUCGUGUUCUCGUACGGAAGGUUCCAAACACGACUGCGUCGAGGGCACCACCUACCAAGUGAACUGCUUGAUCUGCCACUGCGACUUCAACAACGGGGUGAAGACAGAAUACUGUACUAUUGACGAGUCAUGCAAAGCAGAUGACAACGACAAACUAAAAGCUCUGUCUUCAAUGCACGGGUAUUGCGAGCCGAUGCACUUUUACCAGCAAGAGUGUAACAAGUGCAGAUGCAUGGCGGAUGGGAAAACGGUAGCUUGUACGUCAAAAUUGUGUAUAAAGAAAAAGAAGAAAGAUGAGCCGUUGGUAUUUAAGAGCCGGGCGGGGGAAGCUGAGGGUGAUGAGAAUAUGAUCAUGGAGUUCAUCCCGUUCAUCCAGAAAGAUAACUUCUGUCCGCGAGGCCACACGUAUUCGGUGGACUGUAACGUGUGCUACUGCAUGGAGUCAGGCAACGCUAUCUGCACUACAAAGCAAUGUUAGUUAUGUACUUUUUUAUUAUAAAUUCCUGAAA